AUGGCGAAACGAUUAUUCACGACUUACGAAUGUCAGUCGUUGCUGGAGAAUCUAUCGCCGUUCGUGGACACCAAACGCUCUAAACGCGGUUCCGAUUCAGCAGCAGCCGCAGCAGCAGCGACCGAGAGUAGUUAUUCAACAUCGAAUUCGAUCAUCGGAUUCCCGGAAUUACUUGAAGAGCCGAAUCGCGAUUUGGAUCGGAGCGUUCUGUGCAGGCUCUGCGUUCGAUUGCCCGACGGGAGAAAAGUGCAGCGGAGUUUCCUCAGGAGUGAGUCCGUCCAGCUUCUCUGGUCGUUUUGUUACUCUCAGAUUGACCAAUCGGAGUGGUCGAGGAAGCCGUUCAAGCUGAUCCAAGCGUUUCCCGGCGAAUACAAGACGCUUCAUUACGGAUCUAACACGACUUUCGAACAAUCUGGGCUCGCCAACUCUGUGGUCUCGAUGACUUGGGCGUGA